UUGCGAUUGGUCGCAAUCUUUGACCCUUUGAACAUGUUAUGAAGUCUACCGUCAGGCAUAUGAAUUUCUCCAAGUGCGUCGUCAAAUCGGGGUCGAGUCAUGGAGAACCACGUUGGAUUCGGAACCAUAGAGCGAUAAAGACGCGUGUGCUUCCAAGUCAUUAUGCAGUGCAGUCAAAUUGAAAACUCAAAUAAGAAUAAAGGCUUCAAGUUAGAAUACGAGUUUGCUAGUUUGCUGGUUCGAAUGUCGCCAUGUCUGUCUCGUGUUUACCUAGCAAUGUUGGACUAUCUGAUACAUCUAAGGAGCCCUGAACGAAUGUGGAUGGAUGUAAUGGUAGAAAUGGAUCACAGGAACAUAACGAGUGUUUGGCUCACCCAAUGGACAGCGAAGACGGUCGAGGUGGAUGAAACACUGAAACUGGCAAAUUAACGACAUGCAACUCGGACUGAAGAAGGGAAAAUGAUGCCCACUUAUGGGGACAUUCAAGUUUACUCAGUC